GUGGUCGCCGGCCCUGCGGCGGCCCGCUGUCAGUCUGCUCCCGUCCCGGGCCGGCGGGCGAUGGUGCGGCGGAGCGCGCGGACGUGGGCGGCGCGGCGGCGGGCAUGAGGGAGGAUGGAAGGGCAAGAUGAGGUGUCGGCGCGGGAGCAGCACUUCCACAGCCAAGUGCGGGAGUCCACGAUAUGUUUCCUUCUUUUUGCCGUUCUCUACGUUGUUUCCUACUUCAUCAUUACGAGAUACAAGAGAAAAUCAGAUGAACAAGAAGAUGAAGACGCCAUAGUCAACAGGAUUUCGUUGUGUUUGAGCACGUUCACGCUGGCGGUGUCAGCCGGGGCGGUUUUGCUUUUACCCUUCUCCAUAAUCAGCAACGAGAUCCUGCUCUCCUUUCCUCACAACUACUACAUUCAGUGGCUGAAUGGCUCCCUGAUUCAUGGUCUGUGGAAUCUUGCUUCCCUCUUUUCCAACCUCUGUUUAUUUGUGCUGAUGCCCUUUGCCUUUUUCUUCCUGGAAUCAGAGGGUUUUGCUGGCCUGAAAAAGGGAAUCCGAGCCCGAAUUUUAGAGACUCUGGUCAUGCUUAUUCUUCUCGCGUUGCUUAUUCUUGGGAUAGUGUGGGUCGCCUCCGCGCUCAUUGACAAUGACGCUGCCAGCAUGGAGUCUUUGUAUGAUCUCUGGGAGUUCUACCUACCCUAUUUAUAUUCCUGUAUAUCUUUGAUGGGAUGUUUGUUACUUCUCUUGUGCACCCCCGUCGGCCUCUCCCGCAUGUUCACAGUGAUGGGGCAGUUGCUGGUGAAGCCAACGAUUCUUGAAGACCUGGAUGAACAAAUUUAUAUUAUUACCCUGGAAGAGGAAGCACUCCAGAGACGACUAAAUGGACUGUCUUCAUCAGUGGAAUGCAAUAUAAUGGAGUUGGAACAAGAACUUGAAAAUGUGAAGACCCUUAAGACAAAAUUAGAGAGGCGAAAAAAAGCUUCAGCAUGGGAAAGAAAUUUGGUGUAUCCCGCUGUUAUGGUUCUCCUUCUUAUUGAAACAUUCAUCUCGGUCCUCCUGGUGGCCUGUAAUAUUCUUUGCCUGUUGGUUGAUGAAACAGCCAUGCCCAAGGGAACAAGGGGCCCUGGGAUAGGAAAUGCUUCUCUGUCUGCUUUCGGUUUUGUGGGAGCUGCACUUGAGAUCAUUUUGAUUUUCUAUCUUAUGGUGUCCUCUGUCGUCGGUUUCUAUAGCCUCCGGUUUUUCGGAAACUUUAUUCCCAAGAAGGAUGACACAACUAUGACAAAGAUCAUUGGGAAUUGUGUGUCCAUCUUGGUCUUGAGCUCUGCCCUGCCUGUGAUGUCAAGAACACUGGGAAUCACUAGAUUUGAUCUACUUGGAGACUUUGGAAGGUUUAAUUGGCUGGGAAAUUUCUAUAUUGUAUUAUCCUACAAUUUGCUUUUUGCUAUUGUGACAACAUUGUGUCUGGUCAGAAAAUUCACCUCUGCUGUACGAGAAGAACUUUUCAAGGCCCUAGGGCUUCAUAAGCUUCACUUAUCAGACACGUCAAGGGAUUCGGAAACGUCAAAGCCGUCUGCAAACGGGCAUCACAAAGCACUGUGAGAACGCGCAGCGCUCUGCCACUGACCCGGGAGCCCCCGGCUCCCGACCGCCCCGUCGUCGGUCAGAAAUGACUCGCCCCGGCGGUGCCUCCCGGUGAGCGCCCGGGCUUGGCGGCGCCACCGCUUUCACAGUCUCCUAAAACUCGGCCGCCACGGGCCACGUGUCCGUUUAACUCCGUGCGGACCCCCUACUCGCCGGCCAGACCGGCUCCUCGGGGCGGCACGUUCUUCUGUGGACGCGGGUGCUGGCCUCGGUUGGUACAGUCACCCAGACGAGCAUGUUUUAAGGCCAACUCCGGGGCCUUCUAAGAAUUCGGUUAGAUCCCAUUAUAUACUUUGUUCAAGACGGAGGAGGCCGCGAGAAAGGCAUCCUUGGUGCUUGGCUGCGAAGUGAAGGCCCCGCAGACGCGCAGGCUUACAGCUGCCACCGUUGCGGGGGCGCAUGGGAACGGCAGCGCUUGCAGAUGGGAUUUCUCCCCUCCUUAGGGAAAAGGACAAAAGCAUAGUUCCGGCUUUUGUUUCAGGGUGACAGCGAUCGGACUUUGAGUCCGGGGAGAAAGGCGAAAUUCUUUUAAAACCCGAUCCGUGGGAGAACACAAGGGAAGGCCUGCCACCGCGCGGUGUGGUCUGCUCGGCCGGAAGUAGUGCGUAGCCACCGUUCUCCGACGUCUCACGUGUAUGCGACUCAGUAUUACCUCUCAUAACAUAGUUGCCGGUGUUGAAUACACUUGUAACUUAGAUUUUGCCUUAUAGGCUAUGUGUACACUCGGUUUUUUAAAGCAUUGCUUCAGCUAUCUCUCCGUUCCUUGUUCUCCCGUGUCCCAUUAUGAAACUACAAAUCAUCUGUGGUAGAAACCCUGCUGUCACCACGCUCUUCAGGCUUUGGUUCCUUUCCUAUAUGCCGCUUUAAACCUCAGAUUUAUAAAAGCUACCAGGUUACCACCCAGAUGCACAGUAUCAGCAUUCAUGAUGUAAGAAUAGCUCCACGAUGUAUCGUGAUCAGAUAAUCAUUCAGUUACUGAAUUGUAAAUAAUUCUUGGGAUGGCUUCUUGACUUUUAAGUCCACCGAAUAAAACUAUAAAAUUGUACUCUGUGUUACCAGGCACCAGGAUAGGGUACUGAAAAUUGUGCGUGCAGACACGUGACACGAGCCCCUUUGCACACAAUUCAUAGUUACGCAGUCUCCGUAAACACUUAUGUUCACAUGCACUAUGUGUAUGGCAAUAGAUUGUCUGUGUUCAGACAAAAGUAAAAGAACAGUUUUCUCAAGUUGUUUUUUGGAGAAAUUUAUGAAAAUCCGGCUGUAUAUAUUUGACAUAAAAAAUUUCCAUUUAGAGCCAAAAUAAUAAGAAAAAUUAAUCUGUAUAUUAUUCCUCAGUUCCAUUGAGUAUACCUCUCCUUCAUUUAUACCUCUGCAUUUCCUUCUGAGCUUCUCUGCUUGUUAAAAUGCAGCUUCGUUGUAAAAUAAAAGACCAUUUUGUGAUUCUAAACAACACUCCGUAAAUACCACCAGUGUAGCAUUGGGAAUCUCUCAGCAUGAGACCUGGAGCAAAUGAACAGAAGGUGGCUGUUUCCUAAUUUCACUGAUAAUUACACCUAUUUAAACAUUAAUUGCAAGCUUUGAUUUUUACUGAAACUUGCUUGCAAUCCAUAUUUUGAACAGACCUGGUCAAGGAAAGAAGAGAAAAGAAAGUUCUUUCAAUAAAAGGACAGCACUUGUAACUUAACAGCCAUAGGAAGUUCCUGGGUAUUUGUAAGAUGUCUGAGAAUUUCUGAGUCAAAUAUUAAACUUUUCAAUGUCUGUAUCAAUUCUUUGUUCAUUUGAAAGUUUCUUUCCAUCGGAAAACUUAGGCCAGGUUUGGAUUGGUAAGCGGUGAAAUGUAGCUUAAAUUCCUAUAGCUGCUACUGGAUGCAUCGUCAUGGCUCUGGGACCAAGGACACACCUCACGUGGGGGGACGGUUUUGAGCCUGGGGCCUCAGACCCCUUUUGUGGGAACAAAUGCAGGUUGAUAUAUCCCCUGUUCGCCGCGUGAUUGCAGCCACUCCAAACAGUGCAUCCCUCCAGAGGGACUUCCUCUUGGGGGACAGACUUUGUAAGUGCAGGUGCUCCUGUUGGAUGCCCUGGAGGCGGCUGUGAGAGGCUGCGACAGUAACGGGCUGUGGCACACAGAGGCCGAGCACUUGGGCUCUGGUCAGGACGGGCGCCCUGCGGGCCUUGCCUUUGUCGCGCUCGUGGGGCUGGAGAAGGAGGAUAGGCCCGGGGCCGCCAUUUCGUUCUUGCCGGGUGGGAGGACGUCCACGGUCGCCCUGUCAGAUGCUCCGCUUAGUCUCACCUUAGGAUCCACCUGCAAAGGGCAUUAGGCACGGUAGUUACAAAGUUGCGUGAGGAGACUUGGCCACUUCUUUUCUUUAAUUGCUUCUGCAGUACUUAAGUAAUUUUAAAAUGAUACAUCUUACAGAUUAUGACAUUUGUAAUUUUUACUGAUGUUUCCAAGUAUUUCUUAGACUCAGUAUUUACUUAGCCUUAUAUAUAUUCUGUGCAAAAACAGACCUGCUGUCGAAGUGAGACUGUGUGAAAAUUACACGUGUGCCCACACGUACACACACAUGCUAGCUCCUUCGGUGCCAUACUGAGAGGUUGGUUGAUUAGUGGACGAGAAUGAAACCUUCUGCCUGGUUUUGACUCUUGGAUGCGUUAGUGGCUCACGCUGUACGCACCUGAUCUUCGGGGCCUCGACGUCUGCCUCACUUUGCUGGGGCACAGAGGACCGCCCUAUUCCUCCUUCACCCCGUAACCUGCCUACAACGUGGGCUUUGAGAACCCUACGUGGCUUUCUUUGUUGUUAGCACAGUAUCUAAUGUAUAAAGACAAAGUUCUUAAAAAAAAUUUUUUUUUAAAUAUGAGUCUAUGUACAGCACUCACUGACUUUUAUACUAAAGACUGGUAUGGGUUAAAGAUAAUGUGUAGAUGCACUGGUAAAUCAUUUUUGUUUACUAGAGUGUUCUGUUUACAAAUUAUCUGUUGGUUCUGUUUGUUUCUAUGAGACACUUCUAGUGUGACUUUUUAACGUCUUAGAAAUUAAAGUUUUACAAAAGGUGAUUUCAUACUUUGUUUUAUAAGCAUUCAAAUGCGUGUUUGAGUUUUAAAUCUUAAAUGCCAUCGUGGCUGAAACUUAAGCGUAUGUGUAGGAUGCUUCCAUUUCAGUUUUCUAAAAGGCGGUAAUGACUGGUGGGAUGUUGAAUUGAGGAAGAAGUGAAUGUUUUCUCUCUUUUUUUGUGGAGUUCUUGGUAGAGCAAUUUCUUGCAACCAGUUACAGCUAAAAUGUACCAUCAACAAUUGAAAUCACGGGUGUCAUCGAAUUUUUUGAGUUACUUAUUUGAUUUUUCUAAUCUUUUCCAUAAAAGGACUGAGCUAUACCCAGUUGUGGUCUGGGCAGCCUAAUCCACAGUUCUUGGAAGAGUGAAUGGCAAUUGUCAACUGGUGAAUUCACUGGCAGACAGAAGCCUUCACAGCAGUGGCUUUCCAGCUCUUUGACGAAAGGAAGAGAUACACUCUUCACUGUAACCCUCACACGCUUGUAUACAUGUGAACGACAAUUUAAGGAAAUAGUACCUACUUUUAGUAUGUGAUGCACGCUGGCAUUUUCUGUUUUAUUUUUUAGGAUACUAGACACAGACCACUAAUACCAAUGGAUCGUAAACUUUAGUUUGAAAAAUACGGCUUCAGGAUCUAGUUGAAAGAUGAAUGAAUACAAAAACAUUUUGGCUUUUGAAUAUUCUUUAGGUAAAAUUCAUCACUGCAAACACCCCUGAAGCCGAAGUAUCAUACGUGCAGAUUACUUGUUGCAAAACAUGUAAUUAAAAUCAGUAGCAGUUGCUAAAGCUCUAAAAGGUGGGCUAUAAAAUUUCAAAACUAGGUGAUUGAUCCCUUUGUUUUGGAGGAAGAGAUCUGGGAGCUACUUUGGAAGAGAAGUUAGUUAACUUCCAGCUCUGCGUAAUUCAGUUCGGUAAAAGUGUCUUCAAGUUCAAGUGUGAUCAACUCGGAAAUUCAGAUGAAGCCCACUUCUUCUUAGGUGCGAUUUUGGCGUUCUGUUCUAAACAUACUGGAGAAGUUAAGUUCCCAAGCAUGGGUGAUGAGAAGUAGGGCGGCAGCACCUGAUGUGGAUGCUUUCGGAGACCAGAAAGAUCGUCAGUGUCCGAAUGUGAGGAGGUAGAGAUUUAAAUACGGAGCUGAGGAAGAAGGUUUGAUCAGUCACUGAAACUCCUGGGUGAAGGUCUUAACGUCUUCUCUCUUGAACAGCUCUUCUUAAAAGAUACUCUGCUUGCCAACAGUGGCCCCUGCGAACCCGGGACACGCUGUGACUUGGAGUGGCCGGAGCCGUUCUGUCCUAUUGAGUAGCUGUAGCUGUUGUAUCCUAUCGAAUGGCUAUACGUACUUACAGGUAGCUUUUUACAUAUGUCUUAGCACAUUGCUCUAUUCUCGCUUUAGACAGUUGUGAUGAAAAGCUUCUCUUUUUUUGCACUCUCAGUACUUCACUUUUGGCCACCACACGUGUGGGGGUUUUCCCGCACCAGCCUCUUCUCCCAGUUCUCUGUGGAUACCGUGUCUGUGUCACGCAAUUUGAUUUCCUUCUGACGCCGUGUCCGUGGAGUUAGUGCAGACCCCACAGGUAAAGGGCUCAGUCCAAGAUUGACUCCCACCACCGCCUCAGUCGUCAGUGCCAGGUCUGGGCUGUCCCCUGUGCUUCGACCACCCAGCUACCGGUCAGAGGUUCCCACCUCUCUCUGGCUCAGCGAUUUGCUAGAGCGGCUCACGGAAGUCUGGGGAACAGUGCGCUUGCCAGAUUACCUGCUAGUGACAGAGGGUCCAGCUCAGGAACACCGGACGGAGCAGACGCACGGGCCAGGGGUCGGGGUGGGGGCAGAGCUUCCCUGUCCCCUCCAGGUGCACCAGCCGCCCCGCACCUCCGGGUGCUGCCCGGCCAGAAGCUCUCUGAACCCCUUCAGUUAGGGUGUUUUAAAUGGAAGCUUCAUUACACAGACAUGAUUGAGGAAAGGAUUGGCCACUAGCGAUCCUCAGGCUCCAGGCCUUCCUGCUCCCCACAGGUCGGAAGGGUGGGACUGAAGGUGGUAGUUCCCACUGGCCUGCUGUAGGAGCUUUCCCAAAGACAGCUUGUUCAGGGAAGCUCAGGUGUGGUCCAAAGGGCUCCUUACGCAUAUCAAAAGACACCUUUAUCUUCUUAUCGCUUUAGGAAAUUCCACAGGCUUUAUCUCUGUGCCAGGAAUGGGGAGGAAGCCCAAAUACAUAUUUCUUACUCUAAGUUACAAAUUCACCCAGUUCCUAGGUAUUAAAGUCUUGGAUCAAAGGGAAUGCACAUUUUCAGACUACUUCCAGAAAGAUCCUAUCAAUAUACUCUCAUCAACAGCACAUGAAGAUGUGUUUCUCUAG